AGAGACAUCCACGUCCUACCCUUUCCCCUAGUUCCCGUUUCAAGAUUUUUCUGUUUCACAUUUUGAUGCUUGAUCGUUGAUUUCAUCAUGGAUUGUACACCGACAUCGUUCCCAUCCUCUCCCGUUGCCCGCUCUGUGCGGGAGGAUAAAAGGGUACUCGAAGCGAAUUCAACCUACUCGUCUCCUUUCCAUACGGUUCCUCUCGACAGAUACGAUUUCCAGUCAUUCUCCGGCCUGGGGAUUUCCAAUUGCGAAACUGGAUCCCCCAUCGAUCAGAUUAGAAUGUACCCGUGCCCAGAGCAAUACGCGCUGUCAACGAGCAACUGGUCCGGCCCGAUAACGCCUUCGCCAAAUUUCCUCGAAACCCCACCGGAUGUUAGUCACUUCGCAGCCAGGUCACAAUACGAGCUAUUCGGUAGCCGUGCAGAUGUUUCUGUAUCGCCCAGCUACAGCUCCGUCAUGGACUUUCGUGCAAUGCAUGAUGAGAUCUCUCCCUUCUGGCCCAACACUCCUCCUUCCGAGACCAUGGGCGUCUCCGAAGGAUGGACCAAAGUUGAGGAGCGGCCGGAAGACAUGUGGGAUGCAUCCCUAUUAGAUGGCGCCAACAACACAGCGAUGUCUACUGUGCCACAGCUGCCUCGGUUGCAAAUCAACACCGCCUUUAUCCACCCCCAGCGACCAGAUAAUACUCAGACGGAGCUCGAUGCGAGUCCGGAGGCUCCUGCCGAGGCUAUUUCGAAGUGGAUCGAAGAUGUCAGUGGAUCACCUCAUGGCGAGCAACUCAAGAUACCAUCGGCCAGCGGUCUUGAAUGCACAACGUGUGGUCUCCGCUUUACGCGACGCUCUAACUGUCGGGAGCACAUGAAAAGCCACGACCCUAGCUACGUACGGCAGCACCCAUGUGAGACCUGUGGGAGGGAGUUCAGGCGAAAAACCGAUCUGAAGAGACACAUAGAUAGUAUCCAUCGGGGCAUUCGAAAAUAUGGCUGCGAGAAGUGUGGUCGACGCUACAGCCGGCAGGAUACUCUUUCAAGACACCUGUUGGAUGGCUGCGAUGGAAGACCCCGGAAAUCUCGAGCCCCCCGGGCAGACCCCGACGCCAGACUUGGCGGCAGCGGCCCUCUCUAAUGGAUCGAAUGGACACUCGCUUUAUUUCCUGGUAGGCCAUGUCUGCGUUGAUCGCAAGGUGGCUACGAACCAUACACGACUGCAUAUUCUUGGGAGGCUGCACUGACGUUACCGCUGUAUAUUUGGAGCAUAACUACUUUGUACUUUUUUCUUUGUAUAAGCGCAGGGAGG